AUGCUCUCCUUGAUUCACCGCUUGGAAGAACUCGACGACGACCAACAGUUGCGACAACUUCUUGAUCACUCUUUCUCCGAUGAUUGGGACAUUCGUCAUCUCUCCGGGGUGAUGAUUGAUGCUAUCAGGUCAAACAAAAUCUGGCUUGUUCGGGAGCUACUCCGUCGUAACUUGCCUAUGUCACCAAUUUAUGUCCUCGAAGCAGUCAAGGCCAAGGCGAAAGACAUUCUGUCAACCUUCUUCGCAAAAGCCUGGGAUAUCAACAAGCCAAUGGGUAGAAUGGACCCGCCCCUCCUUCCCAAUGCGCUCGAGGACUGGGAGAUGACCAUAUGGCUCCUUGAUCGUGGAGCGGAUCCAAAUGUACGUUGCGAUAUUGAUUACUCACCUCUUUCUUACGCCGUCAAAUACGCCGAUCUGCCAACCAUUGAUCUUCUCCUGCGCCGUGGCGGUGAUGUCAGGAAAGGUCAGCUUGUGCAUAAUGCUAUUUACCGAGAGACUGAAACCCUUGAAGUGGUUAAAAUCCUCAUAGGUAAAGGUGCUCCUUUCAAUUCGCUCAUGUACCAGGACCAUCAAGCUUCUUGGGACAUGUUCCCUUUCAUGAGGGAAACUCCCUUGCACACGGCAUUGGCUCUCAAAAGAGAUGACGUUGUUCAAUACCUUAUCCGCAAAGGAGCGAACGUGAACAUUGAAAAUUACAAAGGGCAGACAGUUAUGCAGUGUGCAGAUGAGGACACCAGAAGACGAAUUGUGCAAGAGAUACAAAUUCGCAGCGGGCUGUCCGCGUCUUUGUGA